GGGGGCGGUGACAUCACCCUGCCCUGCCCCCAUCCGGCCGUGCCCGUUCCGCGUGUGCUCCCAGUGUCCCCGGGCGUGUCCCCCCUAUCCCGGCCAGCGGCCCUUGGAGUGUCCCCGAAGUGUCCCCAAAGCGUCCCCGGAGUGUCCCCAGCGGCCAUGGAGCCCCGCGAGCUGUUGGAGGUGCUGGUGGCCGUGGUGGCCACGCUUGGUGAGCUGGCAGCCACUGUGGCUGGGCCGUACAGGGAUGUGCUGCUGCAUGUGUCCCCAAGGUCCCUGCACAAGGCCCUGGAGACCUUCAUCGGUCACCUCCAGGACACUCUGGACCACCAAGGUGUCACCUCCCUGGGCCAGGCCCUGGCUGCCUUUAGGGCCAACCUGGGGGCCACCUGGGCCCAUGUGACAGCCGCAGCCAGUGCCUGGCGGGAGUCAGUGGCCAUGAUCGAGGACAGCUGGGCCUGGCUGGCCCGAGAGGCUACCGAGCUCCGUGACGCCUGCAGGGACGCGGCCACUGCCGAGGCCACCACCGCGGCCACCGCCACCACCCUGGCUGGAGACCUGCAGGACAAGGCCACCCACUGGGGGAGAGCUCUGGACAACCUUGUGGCCAAAGCCUGGCAGCUGCCACUGGCCACAGACAAGGAGAAGAUGGCCUCGGCGGAGGCAGCGCACGAGGCCCGGCUGGCGGCUGCCAGCAAAGAGACGGAGGCAGCCUCCAAGGCCAUGGAAGAUGCCAUGGUAUUCAUCGUCAUCGCCAAGGACCAUUCAUCUUCCUGA